AUGCAGAUCAACAUACUCUCCUAUGAAGACAUCGAGGAUCAUACAAGCAGCAUCGUCCAUGCAAACGCCACCAGCCCUCGGCCACGAUUACCCUACCGACCCCUGGAUCCAUCCUCUGCUAUGAAGACAUCGACGAGGGUCAUACACGCAGCAUUGUCCAUGCAAACGCCACCAGCCCUUGGUCAUGAUUACCCUACCGACCCCUGGAUCCAGCAGGACUACUUCGAGAGCCAUCGAAAGACCUUUAUCGGAGAGCCCCUUUACUUCAACCGCACAUACCCGUCCGAAAUCAAUCAAGCAGGCGUCGGUGCAUAUGAGUGA